CUCUCUUAAACACAGUCACAGCUCUUACCUUAAAAGUGAAACAAGAAGUUAUCCCAACAUGGACUUCUACUACGCACCACCCUCAGGCCCCUGCCGAGCUGUCCUUAUGGCAGCCAAGACUCUGGGGAUCGAGCUCAACAAGAAGCAGUUGAAUCUCCUGGAAGGUGAACAGCUGAAACCAGAGUUCGUGAAGAUCAAUCCCCAGCACACGGUGCCAACCAUUGUAGACAAUGGUUUCACUCUGUGGGAAUCGCGUGCUAUUCUUGUCUAUCUGGCCCAGAAGUACGGCAAGGACGAUUCGCUGUACCCCAAGGACCUGCAGAAGCAGGCUGUGGUCAAUCAGCGCCUGUACUUCGACAGCGGUGUCUUGAUGAAGAGCUUCGCCGACUAUUACUAUCCUCAGCUUCGCCUGAAGCAGCCAGCUGAUCCCGAGAAAUACAAGAAGGUCGAGGAGGCCUUUGCCUUCCUCAACACUUUCUUGGAGGGUCAGCUCUAUGUGACUGGUGAUAAGCUGACCAUCGCUGAUAUAUCCUUGUUGGCUUCUGUGUCCACUUUUGAGGCUGUGGAGUUCAAGAUCAGCGAAUAUCCCAACGUGGCCAAAUGGUACGCAAAUGCCCAGAAGGUUGUUUCCGGAUGGACGGAGAAUUGGGAAGCCUUGCAGCAGGCAAUCGCGAUUUUCAAACAGUUGAAAUAAGAAUUUAAACUUUAACGUAUAAUCUAAAUUUUGUAUUGUAUUUAUUUAAGAGAGUUCUCAGUUUUUAUUUUGCAAUUAAAAAUGUGUAAACAAAAAGAA